AUGGCCUCUGCUGCCUGCUGCUUCUCCGAGGAGCAGUUCAGGAAUCUCUGCGCGGAGCUCCAGCAGCCCGGGGUAGGCGGGGCCGGCUGGGAGCUGCUGGUGAAGAGCAUGGGCGUCGGCAUCUAUUGGCAGCUGAACCAACCAACUGGACAUUAUAAGGCCUUUGGUGUUCUGGAUGAUUUCCCACCGGAUCUACUUGCAGAUGUCUAUAUGGACUUCAACUAUAGAAAAGAGUGGGACGAAUUUGUUAAAGAACUUUAUGAAAGAGAAUGCAGCGGAGAGACAGUGGUCCACUGGGAAGUGGAGAGCCCUCCUCCCAAGUUCAACAGAGAUUACCUCUAUGUGCAUCAGUGGCAGGAGCUGGACUUUAAGGAGAAGAUCCAUGUGAUCCUGGCCCAGAGCACCUCCAUGCCGCAGUUUCCAGAGAAGUUGGGCAUGAUCCAGGUGAGGCAGUUCAAACAGAGGCUGGCGAUCCAGAGCGAUGGCAAGAGGGGGAGCAAAGUUUUCAUGUAUUACCUUGAUAACCUGGAUUGCCCAAAAGGAGUUCCUACCUACUUGAAAAACAUGGUGAAUACCUGUCAUAACUAUCCCAGGAGAUCCUAA